AUGCUUGCUUCGAGUGUUAAAAAACUCAUUUUUAUUCUUAGAGCACGUUCGCGAAGCGUCAUAAGAGGUAUGAAUUUGGGUCUGCAGUUCAGCUCCAGAUUUAUUCAACAGACCCUGAGUUCUUCCCGUUCUUUAAUUUGGAGCCGACAUAUUCCUGUACUCUCCACUCAACUUCGAAAUGCUGGUCAUUCCCAUUGGCAAAAUGUCCGACAUACGAAGGAGGCCAAGGACAAGGAGAGAGCACGCAUGACGGCCAUCAUUUUGAGUCAAUUAAACCUAGCUAUAAAAGCUGGCGGCGGUAGCAGGGAUCCUAAGCUGAACAGCAGGGUGGCUGCGGUCCUAGCCAACGCGAAGGCAAACAGAAUUCCUAUGGAAACAUUGAAUCGUCGGCUGUUAGCUGUGGAUAUUACUGAUCCAUAUGUGAUCGAAAUGCAAGCACCGGGUGGAAUAUUUGCUUUGGUAGAGACCAGGGCCAAGAAUAUGCGUCCCAUGCGCGACAAGAUCCAAGGAAUUGCUAAAAAAUAUGGGUUCAGGGUUUCAAAGGCCGCAGCAGGUUCGAUCGCGAACGAAUUCUUCGAUCAUAUAGGACUUGUGUUGGUCAACGAACAGAAGGGCCUAGAAAACCUUGACAAAGCUACAGAACUUGCCAUCGAGGCUGGUGCGGCUGACGUUCGAGAGACUACUUUAGACGACGGUAAAAAGUAUUUUGAGGUGAGGUUUCAGUGUGAGCCCACUCAGGUAGACACCGUGCGACUGAACCUCGAAUCGCACAAUAUCACUGUCUACGACUCUGACGCUCCUUACGUUCCAAGGGAGACAAUUGAGGUCUCUCCCGAAAACUACGCCCUAAUCUUGGAAAUGUACGAUCGGCUGAAGGAGAACGUUGACUACGUGGAAAAUGUUUAUGACAAUCUUACUGAACCGUGA